AUGUUGGAAGAUUUUUCUGUAUCGAACGAAAUUCUAACAGUGGAUAGUUCUCAUUUAUUUUCUUCCUCAGGAAAUGACCUAUUUCUGGUUGCUGUGCAUGAAUUGGGUCAUGCGUUAGGAUUGGAGCACUCCAAUGAUCCAACGGCUAUCAUGGCACCAUUUUAUCAGUAUAUGGAGACGGACAACUUCAAGCUACCUACAGAUGACUUACAGGGAAUUCAGAAAAUAUAUGGUCCACCAGAAAAGAUCCCAUCACCAACAAAACCUCUUCCUACAGUGCCACCACAUAGGCCUAACCCACCAGCAGACCCACGCAAGAAUGACAAACAACCAAGACCUCCAAGGCCUCCUACCGGAGGAGACAGGCCAUCUUAUCCAGGAGUCAAGCCUAACAUCUGUGAUGGGAAUUUCAAUACCCUGGCUAUCUUGCGACAUGAGAUGUUUGUAUUUAAGGAUCAGUGGUUCUGGCGCGUUCGAAAUAACAAAGUCAUGGAUAGAUAUCCUAUGCAGAUUACCUACUUUUGGAGAGGAUUGCCUCCCAGCAUUGAUGCUGUUUAUGAAAACAGAGAUGGAAACUUUGUCUUCUUUAAAGGUAAUAAAUAUUGGGUGUUUAAAGAUACAACAUUACAACCAGGAUAUCCUCAUGACUUGAUACAUCUCGGACAUGGUAUUCCACCCCAUGGCAUUGAUACCGCUGUUUGGUGGGAGGACGUUGGAAAGACCUAUUUUUUCAAAGGCGACAGAUACUGGAGAUAUAAUGAAGAGUUGAGGGUUAUGGAUCCUGGCUACCCCAAAUUAAUAACAAUAUGGAAAGGAAUUCCGGAAUCACCACAAGGGGCAUUUGUGGACAAAGAAAAUGGAUUCACCUAUUUUUAUAAAGGAAAAGAAUACUGGAAGUUCCACAACCAGAGACUGCGAGUAGAACCUGGAUACCCACGUUCCAUCCUUAAAGAUUUCAUGGGGUGUGAUAGCUCCAUGGACCGAGAAAAAGAACGAACCAGUUCUCAAGAUGAUGUAGACAUUGUUAUGAAGCUGGAUAACACAGCCAGCACUGUGAAAGCCAUAGCUAUUGUAAUCCCUUGUAUCCUGGCCUUGUGCCUCCUUGUCUUGGUUUACACCGUGUUUCAAUUUAAAAGGAAAGGAACACCCCGACACAUACUGUACUGUAAACGCUCUAUGCAAGAGUGGGUGUGAUCUAAUGAUUCCUAGUGUAGAAUUUCAAGGUUACUUGAGAACCAACAUCAGAGCUAUUAUGCUGUUCCCUAGCUAGACACAGGCAUCUGUGAGCUUGGGUCUUAUGGCUGAUCUUUAAAACCCAAGAGGUUUUGUGCCCCCACCUAGGUGGGGAUUCAAUCACCUGGGGAGCUUCCAAAAGUUUUUGCCGUUCCUCCAGUCCUUUUGUAUUUCUUUGUCAUUCAACUUUAGGCCUUCCUUCUAAACUCUGGAGGUGGUGAUACCUUUCCAGGAGUCAACAACGAAGAGAAAGGUGAAAAAAAAUGUACUUUACUAAAAUAUUCUUUUCACAUUAUUUUAGUUUCUGAAAACUCCAGAUUCUCUUUGAAAACGAUAUGUGCUGCACAGACACAUAUCUUGUAAGUGUAAGAACAAACUAACAUGAAAAUCGCCCAAAUGGAACCUUAAGGAGAGUGUGAAGACCCAAAAUAGCUUUGUGUCCAAAGAGGAUUGAUUCACUGUCUGCUAUGGGAAGACACCCACAGUUGACCUGGUGGGAGAACAAGUCACAUGGGACCUUCAGACUGUUUGGACGGACUUUUUCCAACUAACAAGGGGCCAAAAUAUCUGCAAUAUAGUAACAGCCUUAAUAAUGAUACAUUCAUUUUGUGUUUUAUACAACUUUUUCUGAGCUUUGUCCAAAACGUUUUAACACAUUUAUAGUCAUGAAUAUACUGAUAAAAUGAAACUUUUUUUGUUUUAUCUUGUUUGUUUUUGUUUUUUGGCAUCAUUAUAUUUUAUAAAGUUGCAUUCCACUGCCUUGGGCACUUAGCAGGUCCGACAGGAACACUUAUUUGAAAGCCUGGCAGGAAGCAGAAUAUCUCUGAAACGGAUUGCAGUGAGCUGUGACAAAAUGGCUGUCAUGUUGUGAAGAAAAUUGCUACAAGUAUUACGUAUUUGUAACCCUUUGAGUACUAUCUUAGCAGUUUUCAGAUUCCAAUAGGCACGGCUUGCUUACCACAAAGUAAUGUGGACGUGGAUAGGGAAUUGAUAAGAUUUAGAGUUUUUUACUUAGAAUUAAUCUAUCCUAUAGCUUCUAAAAAAA